UAAAUGGGGUUGUAGUGAGUGGAUGGCUCCGCACAUACUUUCUCCAACACUGUGCGAGCUGGGCUUCCCGUAAGCUUGACUUCUUCAUUCAGCUACCACUUCGGUGGUCCGGCAGGGAGAGUGUAGUCACAUAGGUGAACUCGAGUUCUGCAACUUUCCACUUGGAGUGAGCGGCAUGUCCGCGGGACACAUGCAGGGGUUUGGAACUUUAUUAGCCGCUCUGCUGCUUCUGUCGGCCGGCCACAGCACCUCCGCAGCCUUGCUGGAGAUGCAACAAGUUGCCGAAGAAGCUGGAUCUCCCUCCGAGCUCCACAGCUCCGCGUUGCCCAGAACGGUGAGCAGCCCCGGGGACGCGGGAGCGGGGCUCAGCAGUUGCCCCGACCGCUGUCGGUGCGAGCUGGACGGGCAACUGCACCGGGUGGACUGCUCUGACCUGGGACUCCGGGAGAUUCCAUCCAACCUGAGCGUCUUCACGUCCUACCUGGAUCUGAGCAUGAACAAUCUGACCAUGCUGACCACUGGAGCGCUGUCCAGUCUAUACUUUUUGGAGGAGCUGCGUUUGGCGGGAAACGAUUUGUCAUUCAUCCCCAGAGGGGCGUUCACCGGCCUCUUCAAUCUCAAAGUGCUGAUGCUACAAAACAACCAGCUGCAGUCGGUUCCGGCUGAGGCCUUCAGCAACUUGCACAACCUUCAGUCACUGCGCCUGGAUGCCAAUCAUAUCUCCAGCGUCCCCAAAGGUUGCUUCUCUGGUCUGCGUUCACUGCGGCAUCUGUGGUUGGAUGACAACGUUCUAACGGAGGUACCUGUCCAGGCCCUACGCGACCUGCCGGCCCUGCAGGCCAUGACCCUCGCCCUCAACCACAUCAAACAUGUCCCGGACCACGCCUUCAGCAAGCUGGGCCGCCUGGUGGUGCUGCAUCUCAACAACAAUAGGAUUGUUACCAUGGGAACGAACUGCUUCCAGGGACUCCACAGUUUGGAGACGCUAGAUCUGAACUACAAUAGUCUGGUCAAGUUUCCCACUGCUAUCCGCACGCUCAGUCACCUGAAGGAGCUUGGUUUCCAUAGCAACAACAUCAAGUCGAUUCCUGAGCAUGCCUUCACUGGGAACCCGUCACUCAUCACUAUAUUUUUCUACGACAAUCCCAUUGAGUCUGUUGGACGUUCUGCCUUUCAGAACCUUCCGGAGCUUCGAACACUAUCUUUGAACGGGGCAGCUAACUUGACAGAGUUUCCGGAUCUGACAGGGACCCAGAGCCUGGAGAGCCUGACCAUCACUGGAGCUCAUAUCACAUCACUGCCAGCUUUCGUCUGUGAGCAGCUUCCGAACCUCCAACUACUCGACCUUUCUUAUAACCAGAUCCAGACUCUGCCCAGCUUCUCUGCUUGUGAGGGCAUUCAAAAGAUCGAUCUGCAUCACAACAACAUAGAGGAACUGGAGGAGAACACCUUCCAUGGUCUCAUCUCUUUGCGCUCUCUGGAUUUGUCAUGGAACCGACUGUCAACAGUGAUGACCAACUCCUUCUCUGCGCUUCCUGCUCUCACUAAACUUGACCUGACAUCCAAUCGGCUGAAGUCCCUGCCUCUGAAUGGUCUACAGAGUUUAACUCACUUGCGGUUGGCUGGCAACAGUCAGCUUAUGGACCUUCUGGACAGAGAGGAACUGCCUCGAGUCAGGGUAGUGGAGCUUCCGUACGCCUUCCAGUGCUGCGAGUUUCUCUCUUGUGAGCGGAAUGAAGGAGGCGGCUCGUCCUGGGAGAGAGACGACUCCUCUGAUUCGUCAGGGAGGAACACUGCCAUUGUGAGCAGUCAUGUGGACCAGGACUGGGAGGAAUUCCUGUUAGAGUUUGAAGAUGAUCCCAAACCUCAACAUUCAGUCCACUGCAGCCCGGCGCCAGGUCCGUUUCAACCGUGCCUCCAUCUACUGGGCAGCUGGCCGAUCCGAGGGGGUGUGUGGCUCAUAGCCGCGCUCUCGUUGAUCAGCAACGCUCUUGUAGUCCUGUCCGUUUUCUUCUCGCCCAUGUCAAGUGUCACGCCGCCCAAGCUGCUAAUCGGUCUUCUCGCGCUGGUGAAUGGGCUGAUGGGAGUGUGGAGUGGCUGGCUAGCCGCUGUAGACACCUGGACGUUCGGCAAAUUCUGGAGGUACGGGUCACUGUGGCAGAGCAGUUUCCUGUGUCGCCUCAGUGGCUUCCUGUGUGUGUUCGCAUCACAGACCGGACUCUUCCUGCUGACUGUCACGGCGCUGGAGAGAUAUAUGACUGCAACAAGUCGUCAUAAGACAGAUGUGCACUGGGGUCGCAGCUCAACACCAGUGUCCAUACGCCUGGCCAUCUCUUUCUGCUUCCUCUUGGGCUUCAUCGUCUCACUGCUUCCCUUAGUGGCUGGACACAGUGGCACCUCUCUCUGUCUUCCGCUGCCUUCCUCCUCAACCUCCACAUUGGCCUUCUCUGUGUUCUUGGUGCUCCUGGAUUCGCUGUGCUUCCUCCUCAUGACCCUGGCCUACACUCGCCUGUACUGCCAAGCCAGCAAGACUUCACCGCCGCCCGAAGAGGAGUCUGGGUUGACUCGUCACGUUGCCUGGCUUCUCUUCUCAGACUGCCUCCUUUACUUACCGGUCGCCUUCCUCUGCUUCUGCUCGCUCCUGCGCCUCCCUCUGGCCGGGUCGGUGGCAGCGAAGGGAUUCCUCCUGCUUGUAGUUCCACUGCCAGCCUGCGUCAACCCACUGCUGUACCUUCUCUUUAACCCCCUCGCUCGUGAGCACCUGGCAGCUCUGGCUAAACGCUCAUGUGGAGCUGUGGUGGAGCUCGCCGUAGGUGGAGCAGGGAGGGGGGCGAUAUCUGGAACGAUGGCUCGAUCAUACGAUGAGGAUGCAGAGAAACAUUCAUGCGAUUCGACACAAGCACUUGUGGCACUUACUGCCAAGAAAGAUGAUAAGAGAGAAAGUUUGAAGUGCAGGUCCCUACAUCCAGAGACCCCACAAGACUAACAAAAAUAUAAACACGUGAGCAUGCAAAAAGUUAUUGAAAGUAAAAUGAAUUAUAAAUUCAUGUUCUAAAAGGUCAGUUUCAUGUCAGGAUUAAGACAACUGUCUUUUAGCUCACAGAAAAUAAUAGAAAUAAUUUGGCUGUGUUACCAAGUAAAGAGAGGUUCCUUUCAGUUUUCAUGAGAUACAUCUUUCAAAACUAUACGACACUAAACGUACCAUCCAACAUUUCUCAGUUUGCCUGAAGUUAAGUCCCUGAGUGGAUAAAUAAAUGCUCUUUCGUCUGUUUCAUCCAAGCAAUUAUUCAUAUUAAUGGAGGAUUGUUACUCCUCAAGUAAUAGUCUCCACCCACAAUCAAAAACCCACCAAACAAAGAAACCUAGUUUUGGCACUUAUUGUGAUCGUCAUCAAUACCAAACCACUUUUUUUUUUUCCAAAAAUCUUGACUUAAUAUUUCCCCUUGUUAGAUUAUGUUGAAGUAAAGUAUCUGACAUCCGACCUAUCAACUAUUCAGAUUUCCGUAGCGAUCUUCAAGAUGUUGACACACAUACGUCACCAGUCUUAAGUCACCAGCUCUUAUUUUGAAACAUGACACCAGUUACCACAUUGCGCUGGCAAACAUGCAACCAAAUGUUCAACCAAACGCUGCACAGACGUUCCUGUGUGUGUGAAUGGGUGUGUGUGUGCCUACAGCUAAUCUGUUUCCUCAAGAUUGUGUGAAAACUCCAGGCUCUCUGUGAAUGUCGUCACCAGCUAAGAUGCCAAACACAAAACCGGAAUCAGACGACAAACAAGAUAAAAGCUUAUGUUUGGCAGCUGAUGAGAGAAGUGAAGCUCUACUCCUUGGUAAAUGUGUUUCCAGCCAAUCAGGCGGUUCAGUUCUCUGUGUUCUCUGUGUGCAUGUCGUCUUGAAAAUAAGCUAUUGUGACAAUCUCUUUUUUUCCUAUAAACCUCGCGAAGAUUUUGUCGUUAUCGUGUCAGUGAUGUUGUCGUGAUUGAAAAAGGGAAAGCAUUGAAUAUUCUCACCGGGUUUAAACUGAUAAGGAGAUCAUUGUGAUUUACAAAUGUGUAACUUGUGAACUGCAUAAGCAAAUAGUUUGAAAAAAAAAAUAAUUCGUAAUUGUUUAAAUGUCGUUUUGUUGUUUUUGAAAAGUGGAAACAAAGGCUUCUGCUUGGCAAAAGUUGUUGUAAAGAUCCUUGUAUUGAAGAUGUCCGCUGUGUGUGACAGUCAUAUGCUGCACUUUUUCUGUGAUCAGCACUUGCUGCGUUUGUUCUUUUUUUUUAUAUGAAGUGUGACUGCUUCCUCUUAUUUUCCCACCUUGUAAAAUAUUUCACUGUUGAUAGUGAUAGUUUGUAAUGUGAAGUCUGUGACCUUUAAUAAACUCU